ACUACAGCUCCCGGCAUGCCCGGCGCGCGGUACCUGCCCGCCCCUAGCCGCCGCGCCCGGAGGAUGCAGACGCCGGGGCGAGCGGGGAGGAUGGAGGCCGGGGAGGCAGCGCCGCCGGCGGGGAUGGGCGGCCGCGCGGCGGGCGGCUGGGGCAAGUGGGUGAGGCUUAACGUCGGGGGCACGGUGUUCCUGACCACCCGACAGACGCUGUGCCGGGAGCAGAAGUCCUUCCUCAGCCGCCUGUGCCAGGGGGAAGAGCUGCAGUCGGACCGGGAUGAGACCGGGGCCUACCUCAUUGACCGUGACCCCACCUACUUUGGGCCCAUCCUGAACUUUCUCCGGCAUGGCAAGCUGGUGCUGGACAAGGACAUGGCUGAGGAGGGUGUCCUAGAGGAAGCCGAGUUCUACAACAUUGGCCCGCUGAUCCGCAUCAUCAAAGACCGGAUGGAGGAGAAGGACUACCCCGUCACACAGGUCCCCCCCAAGCACGUGUACCGCGUGCUGCAGUGCCAGGAGGAGGAGCUCACGCAGAUGGUCUCCACCAUGUCUGACGGCUGGCGCUUCGAGCAGCUGGUGAACAUCGGCUCCUCCUACAACUACGGCAGCGAGGACCAGGCUGAGUUCCUGUGCGUCGUGUCCAAGGAGCUCUACAGCUCCCCACAUGGGCUGAGCUCGGAGUCCAGCCGCAAAACCAAGAGCGCGGAGCAGCAGCUGGAGGAGGAGCGGCAGCAGGAGGAGGUGCAGGUGCAGGUGGAACAGGUGCAGGUGGAGGCAGAUGCCCAGGAGAAAGCCCUGGCAGCUCAGGAGCCCGCUAACCUUUUCUCCCUCCCACCACCGCCUCCUCCUCCUCCGCUUCCUGCCGGAGGCCCCGCCUCAUCUCCACCCACCUCUUCUUCCUCCUGGAUCUCAUCUGCACCCUGCCUCUUCCCUCUCUGCCCCUGCCCGGGUUUCCUCUCCUCCGCCUGCUCGCACCUCCCUCCCGGUGCCGCCCCGGGCCCGGCCCCUCGCGCCCUGCCCCCGGGCGCCCCGGCCCCGCACCCGCACCCCCGAGCGUCCCGCCUGCCGCCUCCCGCGCCCCGGCCUGGGGAGCAGGGCCCCGGCCGUCUGUCCUCCGGGCCCGCCAGCCCCGCAGCCACCGCCGCCGCCGGGCCCCGCUGAGGCCGGGCCGCCCCGCCCCCAGAGCCUCACCUGCUCGCCUCCUCCUCACCUCUCCUCCUUGCAGGUUCCCGUCCGCACCCCUCAGACCUGAGGCUGCGCUGGCCGUGAGGGCUUCUCCCCGGCCCCUCGCCCGCCCCCAGAGCCGCCAUCCCUGGUUUGUAGCUUGGCGGAGCUGGAGGGAGGGCGGAAGCCAGGAGGGGGCGCGUCUCCUGUUCCCGGACCCGAGCCUCUCGCUCGGCUGACUUUCUCCCCUCCCCUGCUUUUGGCCUUGGGUGUGAGGCUCUGAGAGGAGAGGAAAGUCAGGGGGCCGGCCUGGUUCCCAGCCAGCCGUCAGCACCAGGACUCCAGAGCCGGGCUGCAAAGGAGGGGGGGGGAGACAGCCGCAUCACAGCCCUCCCCCUCCCCCACCGGGCCCCUGGGUUCCAGGCUCUUGGGUGGGGGGAAGGACAGCCAGCCUUGGAGUCCCUUGGCCUACAAGGAGUCAACCGGAGUUGGCUAAGGAUCGGGGUAUCACAGAAAAAGUCCUGGCCAGGUCUCUCGGAGCCCCUACUCAAUCUUAGCUUCCUGCUGUGUGACCUUGGGCAAGUCACUGUCCCUCUCUAGGCCACAGUUGUCUGUGAAAUGGGGACUGACAGCUGCUGUCUCUGACCUUUUGCCUGAGACAGCAGGGACCUGGCCUUGACCCCCUCUGGCCAGAGUCUUGGGGACUCUGGCCUCCGAGGCAGCCACCACCCAGCCCCACCCUGGGGUUACCGGAUGGGCAAGCUGGGUCCCCUUCCUGCUCCCCCUCCUCGGCUCUGAAUUCACCUUCUCUGGGCCUCAGCCCCCCACCCUCUUCUCAGAAGGGAGCCUGUGACUCACCUACCUCUUUCUCUCUCCCUCUCUUCCCUGCCCUUCCCUCCAUUUCAAUCUCCUCUCUACCCUCCCCUGGCCUUGCCUCACCCUCCUCACUGGCCCCACCUUCCCUCCCCCAUCCUGGUGUUCUGAUCACCCUCCCACCCGCCCCCCUGCCCCUUCCCCCUCUUAUUUUCUAGCUGUUACAAGCCAGAGGCACCCGGAUGUGAGGCCCCAGAUCACCUCCAGGGACUUGGGGUUCCGAUCUGAAAUCCUUUAUUUUUGUACCGCGGGGUGGGGCCCCGGCUCCAGGCAGAGGAAGCACUCUCCCCCCUGCCACU